GUGCUGCGGUGCUCGUUACGGAGGGGUUUUGGUCCAACUUUUCAUUAGUUCAUCCUGCAGAGUGCAUUAGGUGUUUGUCGGUCUCUACUUUCCUGAUUCUCUAUAAAAAUAGAACUGCUGCUUCAAGAUGUAUUUGGACGGAGCUGAAGGGGUCUUCGAGUUCUUGCGAGGCAACCUGCCUUUUUACGUAAUCGUUUUUGUGCCGCUUCUCAUCGUCAUCUCGCCGGUCACCCCCGUGCUCGGAUCGCACGAGUUCACCGUAUAUCGCAUGCAGCACUACGACCUGCAGGGAACUGUUCACGGGUCUAGGAGUUCUGUUGUGAACACUGAAGCUAGAACAUUACAUUCGUCAUCUUACCACAGAAAAGUUGUCAUAGCACGGCUUGCUGACCUCACUCAUGGGCAGUUCAAUGAGGUGAUCCAGCAAGGGGCAGCUGGUGUUCUUAUAUUCUUGCCACAAAACUUCAGUGAUGUUUCUCCUGAUAAGCUAAAGGCUUUAAUGGAGCUUGAACAUGCACUACAAGAGGAUGCUGUGCCUGUGCCUGUAUACUUUGCAUAUGAAACAGACGAGUUGAAAGACAUGUACAAAAGUGUCCAGAGGACAUCUGAUAAUGGCAGAACGACCAGUGUCGCACAAGAGCUGUGGGGCAUGCUGAAGGCAAGUGGAUUUCAGCUGGUGGUCUUGGGAAGUCAGGCCAAAGUAAUUCCUGACAUUCAGCUUUCGAAUAUUCAGGGAAAGCUCUCUGGAUUUGGUGUUGAAGAGCAGCUGCCAACAGGUGUUAUUGUGGCUCACUACGAUGCAUUUGGAAUUAGUCCGGCAUUGUCCUUUGGUGCAGACUCCAACGGCAGUGGGGUUGCUGCCCUUCUUGAACUGGCCCGCCUUUUCUCAAGGUUGUACACUAACUCUAGGACGCAUCCACAGUUCAAUCUUGUUUUUCUGAUUUCUGCUGGAGGCAAGUUCAACUAUCACGGAACGAAGAAAUGGAUAGAGGACAACAUUGACAGCACAGAGGGAAGCCUCCUGGCUGACUCAUUGUUCACAAUGUGCUUAGACUCUCUCGGAAGCGGAGAUGACCUAUACGUUCAUGUGUCAAAGCCUCCAAAGGAAGGCAGCACAACCUCCAACUUGUUCAAUGAGCUGCAGCGAGUGUCAUCAAUCCUUUCGCCUGCUAUGCGGGUAUCGAUGGUGCACAAGAAAAUCAACUUGGCAGAUGAAACUUUGGCCUGGGAGCAUGAGCGCUUCAGCAUGCGUCGCCUGCCAGCGUUCACUGUCUCACAUCUUCCCAGCCAUCGGUCACCGAGCCGCAGUUCCAUUUUCGACACACGUGACAAGGUUGAGAAAACCAAGUUGGCUCGGAAUGUGAAGGUGAUUGCUGAAGCCUUGGCUCGCAUCCUCUACAAUGUGACGGACAACGAAUCAAGUCUUGAAGUCUUCCGUGAUAGCCUGGGGCUACAGGAGGACUACCUCAGUGCCUGGGUUGACACACUGUCAAGUGAACCACGAGGUGCCCAGCUAAUGGCAAAGGGCAAAGCACCUUUGGUCUCCAUGCUGGAGCAAGGACUCUCACGGCACCUCAAGGAAGUGCGUCUGUCGGCCUUUCGGCCGGACAAGAGAGAUCCUGAAGUUGUCUUUUAUGACACUCCAGUUGCUGUCAUGAACGCAUACAGUGUCAAGCCUGCUGUGUUUGACUUGUUCCUGGCAGCAAUUAUUGGUGCCUACCUGGGAACUGUGUACCUUGUCAUUGUGAACUUCCACCAUGUACAAAGGGUUGUGGGCCUGUUUUCCCAACCAAGGGCGAAGGUGAAUUAAGUGUCAACUACCGACCCACUCAGUUCCAAUGCUGCUCUUCCAUUCUUGCCUGCCACCUUCAUCACAUAGACUGCUUAGAAAAAGACCAGUGUCAACGAUGGUGACUUCCUUCAGAAACUUUUCAUGCUUGAGGACAUGCCUGUGUGUUCACCACUUGAUCGGUACAGUUGAUCGGUACCUGUUGAAGCACCUCACUGUGUCGCACUAUCGUAUCUCCAUUGCCUUUCUCGGUCUUUCGCUUCUCAUUUUGUGUCUUAGCAGCUGCCAUACACACGUUAGUAGGGUCUAAUGAAAUGGCAAAGAUGAUUGUCUGUCUUGGACAGAACCCUGAAUUGUGCCACACUCGACACUGUGUUGUGCGUAAAUGGUUUUGAUGGUGUCGUAGGCAGUGCUGCCUUUUGCAGCAACCCAUCAUGCCUUUUCAUUGAUGUGGUAGUUGUAGCUCAUGCUGUUUUUCCUCUGUGUGUGCUGUCUGGUUGUAAAUAGUAAUGUAAUGUAUAUACAUAAAUUUUUUGCACGCGUAGGAGGUACCUUGUGGUAAACGACAAAACAGUGGGACCCAAAGGUAGACUGUCGAAAAGGCUCGUUGAUACUGCAUAGUUUGGACUUAAUAGAUGCAAAGUCCAUUUGUUUGUUGCCUCAGGAGUUGUGAAACAACUGUCAUUGUUUCAUUUUUUUUAAUCAUUUUGUGACUGUCAUACGUACUGGUUAUUAAAUUGCUCUGAAUGUUGC